GCGCCGGAUCCUUCCGAGAACGAGCCUGACGGGAAGAGGCCCGGCGACCGACGCGCCAGUCGCUCGCGAAGCUGCGGCGGCAGUGUGCCAUUGUCUCCCAGAGGGCUGCUGCUGCCAUGAGGGCCGCCAGCCUGCGCUGCACCAGCACCGCCAGAGCAAAAUGUUGAAGCAGGUGCUGCUGCCUUUGGCAGUGGCCGUGGCGUGCGCCUUGAGCCUGAGCCUGGCCUGCAAUGAAGCCAUAUGUGCAUCCAUAGUGAGCAAGUGCAUGUUGACACAAUCAUGCAAGUGCGACAAACUCAAUGUCACCUGCAACAGAGACUGUUUCUACUGCCUUGACUAUCUCUACACUGAAUGCUGCUCUUGUGUAGAGAUGUGCCCGCGACAAAAUGAAACAAUCUCCCUAAGUCAUAAGUCCAACAUUGAGGAUCUGCCAGAUCCAACGCAUGGGUUGUUUGCCCUCCUUACAGAAGAAGCUGACCGUUCCUUGAGAUGGCGGUCUUACACAUUUCCUGUGCAUGCGGAAUUGUACAGCCCUGUGCAUGAAAAAGAUAUCAAGCUGAAAGCUGUGGUGUCAAAUGGGAAUACAUCAGAAGUAGUUGAAGAGGAGGAUGUACAGGUGAACUGCACUGUGGCAUUCAUGUCACAAUGCAUGUCACUGAAUAAGUGUAGAGAGUCGUGCCUCUCCAUGGGAGCUUCAAGCUACAGGUGGUUCCAUGAUGGUUGCUGCCAAUGUGUUGGAAGCAUGUGCAUCAAUUAUGGAAUCAAUGAAAGCAGGUGCCUCCAGUGUCCCUAUUCGAAGGAGCUGAUGGACUUCGAUGACGAGCAAGAUGAAGAGGUACCUAUUGAGGACCCAGACAGGCACACUUACCAACAUGUUGACUACAGUGACAAUUCGUACAGUGCCAAGGAGAAGGAAGACAACAGAAACAAUGUGGUAGAUACCUCUGCUGCCGAUAACGCAAAUUCUACGUGAGGACAGUGCCAUCAUGUCAUCUGCACAUUGCUGGUGCAAUAUAACUGUGCCGGGAGUGCGUGCCAGUGGUGCCCGGGAUCCUGUAGUCAGUGUACAUAGACUGCCAAGUGUCUCUUCCAGGUUGCCAGCCUUUGCAAGCAAGCCUGCAGCAAUUUUGGGCCGCUCAACACUCAGACUGCAUCUCUACAAGGACAGUGCACGCGUAGUAGCCUAAUAUAUUGAACCUAGGGACCUAUUGUGUGUUGUACAGCAGACGCGUUCACUGAACACAGUGGAAUGCAUUCUCCCACAAACAGCAGCCCAACUGAGGCGAGUGGACUGGAAACAAAAUGCCAUCCUUAGUACUUUGGCAAAGUUCGUAAAGACUCAAAACCGAUUGUCUGUGCAAAGCUUUGAGCAUUGCCAGCUGGUGCAGUUUUCACAAGUCAACCGAUGCCUUAUGGCUAUUCCCAUUGGCAUCAGUAGGCUUCGUCUGCAUGUUCCAAGUACAAUACUUCAAUGUGUGUGUGUAUGAAAGUGUGCAUGUGCGUGUGCAAAUGUAUGUGGGAGUGUGUGCAUGAAAUGUGUGUAUAUGUAAGAGUGUUUAGCUGUAAUGGCUGUUGUGCUACAUCUCUGCUACCUGCAGGCAGGGGGGAACAAGGCUUUUAUAUGCUGUGACAUUGUUAUAUUUAUUUAGGAGAAAGACAGUCUGGACAGGCAGUGGUAGCACGUACCUGUGAAACUUGCCACACCGCUGCCAAAAAACACAAGGGGCCUCAUUUGCAGACAUUACUGCAGAGCAGUGUGCUUGAGCGUCCUCUGCAACAGUCUUUGGGCAGAAUAAAUGUUCCAGUGACUCAUGACCAUUCAUCAUCUUUCACCGCCAUGCAGCAAAUUAGGUAGUCACACUCAGGGGGCAUCAAUCGAUACCAUACCUCUCACCUGUCUUACAACUUCAGACUGUUGCCUUACAGUAGGUUCAGUGCGCCAUUAAUUGCCUCAUCAUUUGAAACUAUGCAAUGCUGCAUCACUUUGUUUCACAUGUACAAAACACAGAUUCAUAAUUUGUGCCGAGUGUGCUUUUGAAGCAGUAUUCCAAAUGUUUGCUUUUUUUUUCCAAUAUCACUGCAAAGUGCAUGAAAGAAACUGAAGCUCUGGGUGGCCAUAUGCUUGUUUCAUACCUCACAGUUCUUGUGUCGGCUUGUGACGUUCUCCCACAUGAGUAUCCACUGUCACGUGCCAUGAGCCCCAAACGAACAUGUCUGAAUUUGCAUUACAUACAUCAUGCAUGCAUUCAUAGGGCAGCAGCCAGUAUUUCAGGAAGGGACUAAAAUUCAAUCUUUUCAGCGGCACUAGUGCAAGCCAGUUUUUUUAUGGGUUUUAGAUAUUUCAUGCUUUAAUUAGGUGCUGUGGUAAUGUUAAAAAAUACAAAUAUGAAGUAAAAACAAUUAUUGUCAUCAUUAGUUUUAUUGGAUUCUGUUGUGGUACAAGCACACUAGUCUUCAAAGUUGCAGUACAGAUGGAGUUGCUUUCAUUCCAUCGUGGCAUUUUUUUUUGUGUCAGAACCCAGCAAAUCGUGUUUUUUGUGCAUUUUUUUUUCUGUUCUGAAAAACAAUUUUAUAAAUUUUGAUCUCCAUUAAAGAUAACCCUCAUGUUCCUUGAUAAUUUGUUUCACUAAUAUACUAGAUACAGAAAAGGAGACUGCACAUUUGUGCCAACAAAAUUGUUUUUACUCAGUGCAAGCAGUGUAGAUUUUGUUAUGUGAUGUGUAAUAAAGUUCUUGCAUAUUGAGCAAAA